UUUAAAAAGAAAUCAUGGAGACUGACCAGCCUAUGAGUGCUGCCCAGCAACCUGUCAAGAAGAAAAAGAAAAGACCAAUGAUGAAACUUAAGAUUCCAGAACAACAUACUACUCCAGAAGAGAACGUGAUUGGAGUUGGUGAGGAGAAGAAGGUGGCUGACAGUAUUCAGAGUACUGACUCUUACCAACAUGUUGUCAUUGAUAAAGAACAGAUUGAUAUACAAGACGAGAUGAACAAGUAUGCACCCACUGUGCAUGGGAACACCUUCAACCUCAGUAGAGAUUUUGCUGAGCAGUCAGUUCCUAAUACUUCUACCGCUGAUGUAUCAAUGACUUCAAAUUCUUUGUGCAACAGAAUCGCAGAAUCUUCUUUGGGCUCUGGAACAAUGAGCUUUGAAGAUAUCCAAAAAACUGUGAUGCAUAUUGAGAAGAACUAUGGGAAUGAUACAGAAGCCUCAUCGACUAUGGAAGAAGAGAUUGCUUCCGAGAUUGAUGAAAAUAGAUCUUUGUUCGAUAAUUCUGAGAUGUCAAUCGACCUUAGUGACUUAAAAUGAGUUGGAACUUUAGGGCAAGGCGCUUCUGGUCGUGUGGAGAAAUGCUUCCAUAAGCCCACUAAAAAGAGAAUCGCACUUAAAGUAAUUCCAGUAGAUGCAUCUACUGCUGUGAAGAAGCAGCUCCUUCUUGAGCUAAAAACAUUGCAUGAAUGUGAAAGUGAUUAUAUUGUGAAAUCUUAUGGAGCCUUCCUCAAAUCUGGAAAUGUCAACAUUGCACUAGAGUAUAUGGAUGCAGGGUCUCUAACCUCAGUUCUGGAGGUUGUGGAGAAAAUCCCUGAAGACAUUUUAGGGCUUAUGACCAUCCAAAUGCUCAAAGGGCUCCAUUACCUUCAUAAAGAAAAGAAGGUCAUUCACAGAGAUAUUAAACCUUCUAAUAUCUUGUUGAACAAGAAAGGGCAAGUUAAGAUUGCUGACUUUGGUGUAUCUGGAAAGAUUGAAAAGACACUUGAUUGCCUUUCAUCAUGGGUCGGAACAAUGACCCAUAUGUCUCCUGAACGUCUUAGAGGUGAAGCCUACUAUGCAGAUACAGAUAUCUGGAGUUUAGGCUUGAUCUUACUUGAAUGCGCCCUAGGUAAAUUCCCGUUCAGGAUAGACGAUGAGAUUAAUAAUGAAGCUGGCUUCUGGAAAAUUCUUAGUUGAAUCGAAAACAGUGAACCUUGCGAACUUCCAGAUGGGUUCAGUGAAGAGUUCAGAGACUUUAUUAAAAUAUGUCUUGAGAAGAUACCAGGAUCGAGACAAAGUGCAGCUGAGUUACUAGAGCAUAAAUUCUGCGAGAAAUAUGAUGGAAUGGACAACAGUUUAUUCAAAAGAUGGAUCAAGACUACCUGCUAAUUUUAUCUUUGAUGCAUUACUUACCCAUAAAU